ACGACCCAAGACGACGUAAAGGUGAACCGAACCGACUCCGACUCCGGCACCACACGCCAUGCCAUACUGUAUACGUUUCCUACUUAAUCACGAUUAUUGCAGAGAAAGAUAUCAUACUUCGCGUUCAAUCGACGUUGAAGUGAAGCUAAUCAUAUAAUUAGAAAAAAGAUGUAGUGUUCGCGUUUCGAAUUUAAUACUUCGGUAAUCGGUGCUUACCUACAUCAAUGAAUGGGAAAAAAUUUCGGCUAAUAUGGCUUAAUUGUUUCACGUAGAAUGGGUCAAAAUGGAUUCUUCUUUUGGACCCUAGACCUACAGAUACCUCCGAAAGUUGCCAUGAAUCACACAGAGCCACAUUGUGGCACAGCUUGGAAAACAUUCCAAGAUGAUUUCCGACAAACCGCCUUCAGUCCUAUAAUGAUCACAUUGUACGUCCUCGGAGUGAUUUUCAACUCAUUGAGCAUUACUGUGUUCACAACGAAGCAUAAGAUCACAUCGUCCAACGUCUUAUUCACCAGUUUGGCCAUCUCAGAUUUAACCGUGUCCAUUUUGGGGAUCCCAUUUUGGUGGUUAUUUCUCAGACCAACAUCAGGAGCUUCCUCUGGCAGCGGACAUUCGAUCGUUGGACAUUAUUAUCUAAUUAUAUUGAGAUUAUUCUUCAAUGUAUCGGUUUUACAUACGACUAAUUUGGCAAUAUGGCGAUUCAUCGCGGUCACUUAUCCAUUGAAGGAACGAAAAUGGUGUAAUUUGAAGAAUACGUUUAUUUCGAUCGGGCUCCAUUACACGUUUUGCAUUCUGUACGAAGUGAAGACUUUAUUUUGCUAUACCAAUGUUGCUGAUAUAGCGUUAUUGAAAAAUAAUACCGAAGGGUCGAAUUCAACGACGAAUGUGAAUGGAACGAUUCAUACGAUGAGAAAUAUUACGAGCGAGAGAGCAUCGACGACUCAAAUUGGCACGAAUGGUUUUUUAUGCACGUUACCCGAAUAUAUUUACGUAGUAGUUGUCAGAAUAUUACCAUGCAUCGUGAUAAUAAUUUGCAGCUUUAGGUUAAUAUACGUUUUACAACACUCGAAAAAACGUCGAAACAAAUUGAUGCCAAAUAUGCCGCAGAAUGACGUUGCCAAAGACGCCGAAAAAGAAAAACAAAUGAAUCGUACGACAAGAAUGCUUCUUGGAAUUAUGAUACUCUUCUUGUUGGAUAAAGUACCCAGCGCUAUAGUCAAAUUUCUAAUUAUACUUUACGAUAUUAAUUUUAUACACGAUUGUCUUCCAGCGAUCGCUCAAGUGAUUAGCAUCUUAUCGCUGAUUUACGUAUCGACUCCUUUCCUAGCGUAUUACGUUUCUAGUCAACAUUUUCGUAAUUCAUUUAAAUCUCUGUUUCCGGCUAAAAAAUGCAUGAAGUCGUCGGAUACGGAUGCGAGUACUCAGAUGAAUACAGAUAGUACCCACUUUUGAUACGAUAGGGGAGGGGGAGAUGUAUUUUUAUAUGAUUAUGAUUCCUAAGGAAUCUGAAGUUAUUACCAAUGUAAGUAAUUUUAAGGUGUGUACUUAAGUAUGUACUCAUUUGUUUUGAUAAAAAAAAAAAAAAAAAAAUGAUAUGAAGCAUAUUGGUAAUCAAUAAAUAAAUAUACC